GGAGAAAGAUAAGAAAGGAAGGCAAUGUAGAAUGGAGGCGUCCUUGGUUUAUGUUCAGUAAAGCCCCGUAUUCUUGUCAUGGCAAUGUAGAAUGGAGGCGUCCUUGGUUUAUGUUCAGUAAAGCCCUGUAUUCUUGUCAUGGCAAUGUAGAAUGGAGACGUCAUUGGUCACAUACUGUUCUAAUGUAUGUGCACUUGCCACGCUGUUCACCAGGCAAAAGGCGUUGCAGAAAGAGCGCGAGAUCACUGUGUUGUGGGAGAAGACAGAGUCCCUUAGUGGUCAGCUGGUGACGGUCCACAACCACAGCCACUUUGAAGAGAAUGGCCUGAGCCACGACCACCUUGCUCAAGAAAAUAUCACGUUGACAGAGCUGAUUAAACAACUAGAAGAUAAGCUCAAACUUUCAAAGAUAGAAAUCAAAAACGUCACAAGACAGAAUAGUGAGCUGCAUGCACUUAUCACAGAGUAUAAAGUCACUCCCUCAGAGGAAAAAGACAAGGAUGGCAUGUCUUCAUGUGAGAACUCAGAAGCUAAAUGUACAGAUACCAAGGGGAAAUUGCUGGGUCAAGUGGCUACACUGACAUCUGAGGUUAGCAGGUUGGAGAGUGAGUGCAGCAGUCUUCAGGUUCAGCUAGACUGUGAGAGGGAUAAGUAUAACAAACUGCUGGGAGAAUCUCUUGCUCAUGAAAAGUUGUCUGAAGAUGUCAUAACUGAACCAAAAGGUGACUACAUCACCAUCUACCAGUUGCAGCGAGGGAGUGAUGAAGCAACAAGCUCGAGAACGCGAGUUAGACCUUGCCAGCCUCCUUCAUGAAUGAGAGGAAAUGAAGCAAAACCACUCUGCAGGAUUUGAUAUCAAAGCUGGUGCAGGAAAAGGAAGCAGAUCAUGACCUUCAGCAGCUCGAGAAGAUAAGCAGCGUCCUUAAGAGUCCAGUUGCUAUCUUUAGCAGUGUUGGAACCAGUGAGUCUGAGACACCCACCAGCAGUGGAAAGCUGGCUGACGAGCGCCUCAAGCACUCUGAAAAGGUGGAGCAACAACAAGAAACAGAAAAUUGCAUCCAUCAUUCUUUGCCUGAGGAGGGAAUUGAUGCUCUGUUGACC